CUCUGCGUGGAGAAGCCCCCGGACGGGCGACAAAAUAACAAAAGCUUUGGAACGUUGCAACCUCGAGCGGGGCUCCCCCGCAGCUGCGCCUUCGCCCUGCGCGCCCGGCGCGGUGCCCAGUUCCGGGGAGCUGUCAGGCGGGAGGCGAGCUGCAAAAGGGAGCUGCUGCGGCUGGUUGUUUAUCUGGAGGAGGCGGGGGGACUGGAAACCGCCUGUGUCCCAUUUCCUCUCUCUCUCUCGUGUGUGUGUGUGUGUGUGUGGCCCCCCUCCUUCCUCUCCUCCCUCCCUCCCUCCCUCGCUCCAGCCCUGGAUUCUCCAUGUUGGACCCGAUCUGAGGAGCAUCUGCGUCGCUGCCUUCGCGCGCGGCUUCCUCCGGGGUUGGGCAAGUGAGGAGGGAGUGGGCGACAUCGUGCUCCCUUGCGCUCCCCCCACCCCACCCCGUUCCUCCUCCUCCUCCCUGGACAUUUCCCUCCUUUCCACCCCCCUCCUCCUCUUCCCUCCUCCCUCCAACCAAAGGAUCCCCAGGGUCUGUGGGAUUGUUAGAUGGAAAGCCGGUCCAUCAUCACCCAAGUGCAGAGGGACGAAGCCUUGGUGCUUUCGAAACAAGUUUUGGUGUCCAAAUCCUCCCCGAAGAAGCCUCGCGGCCGGAACAUCUUCAAGGCUUUCUUCUGUUGCCUUCGCGCACAGAAUGUCGGGCAGUCGGGCUUUGGUGGGGAUCAUGGCCCACACAAGGAGGAGACCAGCACCAUUGCCAAGUCUGAUCUGUUGCAGUGUCUUCAAUACCAGUUUUACCAGAUUCCUGGGACGUGCCUUCUCCCUGAGGUGACUCUGCAAGACCAGGGCCGAAUCUGUGUGGUGAUUGAUCUGGAUGAGACCUUAGUGCACAGCUCCUUCAAGCCAAUCAACAAUGCUGACUUCAUAGUGCCUGUCGAAAUAGAGGGGACAACCCACCAGGUGUAUGUGCUGAAGAGGCCAUUUGUCGAUGAGUUCCUGAGGCGGAUGGGGGAGCUGUUUGAGUGUGUGCUCUUCACUGCCAGCUUGGCGAAGUAUGCUGACCCCGUAACUGACCUGCUAGACAAGUGUGGAGUCUUCCGAGCCCGCCUCUUCCGAGAGUCAUGCGUGUUCCACCAGGGCUGUUACGUUAAGGACCUCAGCCGUUUGGGGCGUGAUCUGCGCAAAACCUUGAUCCUGGACAAUUCUCCUGCCUCCUACAUCUUCCAUCCAGAGAAUGCGGUGCCAGUCCAGUCCUGGUUUGAUGACAUGGCCGACACCGAGCUCCUGAACCUGAUCCCGAUCUUUGAGGAGCUGAGCGAAGCGGAGGAUGUCUACACCAGCCUUGGCCAGCUGAGGGCACCCUAAGGCCUUCGUAUGCCCACAGAGGAACAUUUUCACUCAGUGCCUUCAGUCCUGGCCUGGAGGGGAAGGGGGAGCCGUGGGGAUGGUUCUCCGCAACCCCACCGCAAGGCAGAUGCAAGCACUUUGGAGGCAAUAACCUGAACGGCCGCCCACUGGGCAGCGCCAGAGCGGUUUCCACCCAGGGUCUGGCGGGAUCCCAGAGCCUCUGGCCUUUCCUCCAAAAGCAGGGUCGCCCAAGACCCCGUCCCCAACAGCGCUCGUAUCUAUGCACUGCGAGGAUACAGGGAGCAUCGUGAAGACGCACCAUUUCUCCAGGGCUCGGCUUCCUCCAUUCGCUGCAGGGUGGUUAGUUCUGGGUGUGGUUUGUGCGGUCUAAGCUGCCGGUUCCUCCUGCCUACCUUCUCCUCUCCUCCUCUAAAGCAAUGCCAAAUGAUUUGGCUGACCCUUUUCCUUUUGUUAUUAAAAAAGCUACCUGCC